AUCUAUCAAAAAGAAAGAAAAAAAUCAAGUGUAAAAUAAGAAAUUAAAAUAUAUUAUAGGCUUAAAUCCAAGAAAAAAAAAGCAAGCUUAAAGCUGGGCCAACUCACACAAGCCCCACAUUGUCAAUAUUAUCAGGCAACGCCCAAGAGAUGAGGAAACAAUAAUACUAAAAUGGAAAAAAAUCCGAAUCAAUUUAAAAUUUUCUGAAACCAAAUCGAUAAAGGGGAACCAAACUCCAUUGGUUUUUGAUGCAGAGCAAUUGAAAGUUAAAUUAUCAAAUAUGUUAUCAUUAAAUGUCAUCAGUACUUGAUAAUUCUCUCGUAGUGAAAGUGUUUCAGAGGGUAUACUUGUGGAAGGAGUCAAGAUGCUCGGGCAACGCAAUUAGAGAACCAUGAGUUAAAUGAUAAAAUGUUUCAAAAAUUGAAGUGAAGUUUAAUUUGAUUUGGAUUAGUUAGUUUACAAAUCUUCAUAAUUAAUAUUAGAGCUUUAAUUUUUAUAAAAUUAGAACUGAUAU